GGUCUUAUUAGCUAUCUAGGCUUUAAAAAUAGAGAUAUUACUUCUAUUUCUCUUGCUAUAUAUACCUUUAAUAUCCUACGUUCGACUCUUCGCUACUGCCUAAGUGAUUCCCACAGAUUAGCCCCCCUAGCCCUCUAUAGUAUAAGAAAUAGCGAAUCCUCUCCUCUAAAAGUGUGGAACUACCCUAGUUAUUUUAGUCAGCGAAAAAUAGUAUCCUCUUCUCUCCUCCUAAUUCUCGAAGCGAAGAUAAUCCUUAAAUCUAGGAUCGACCCUAAUAAUAUCUAUAACUUUAAUAAGACUAGUUUUAUAAUAGGCUUAAUAAUAAUUAGCGCUUUAAAUGGAAGUAGUGGAAGUACCUAUACCCCUACCGCGAAGAAGCGCUUCGCCGGCUUUACAACCAUAUAUAUAGGCCCCACUAAGAACUACCCUAGUGAUUUCGGUCAGUAA